UUUAGCCUUCAAAUUCCCGAUGCAGUUGGGAAAACCACGCACCAAGGCUUUCCACUGGGACCUAAUCACCUCAGAGAAGAUUGCAAAAUCAUUUUGGGUACAAGAAAGCAGCAGGAGGAUUGAAAUCGACACGUCGCGCUUAUAUGAGCAAUUUUCCGUGAAAGAUCCGGGGACGUUUGGCGCGGCUGAGCCGACCAACACGCAGAAUAUUAUGCUCAACCAGAAGAUUGCACACAACUUCAACAUUUUCCUCAAAAGUUUUCCAGUGAAACCGGGCGAGCUGAAGGACAAACUGUUCAUCGUUAAUGAGGAAGAUGGAGGCCUGUCUGAUGAGCACAUCACCUCUCUGAGGAGGUACGUCCCCACGUUGGAUGAUGUGGAAAUGUACAAAUCUCACAAGGGACCUGUGACAGAGCUGCAUAUUGUGGAUCAAUACAUGCUGGAGAUGUGCAACAUCCCCUGCCUGAACACGCAGCUCGACCUGCUGCUGAUUCUGAGAGAGCUUCCGAUCAGCAUGAACGACCUGCAGCCUCUGAUUAACCAGAAGAUCAGAAUGUGCACGCAACUGAACAACAGCAGGUCAUUUGUUUCCGUGCUGGAGUACCUCCUCGCCAUUGGCAAUUACCUCAACGAGAACGCCAGGAAGGAAAAGGCCAAGGGAUUCCGCCUCUCCUCCUUAACUAAACUCUCCCAGCUCCGUGGGAGAGACAGGAAGUUCACCUUGGCCCACGCCCUUGUGGAGCAGAUCAUGUUGCAUGAACCGUGCCUGGCCACUUUUACUCAGGAGUUGGCAGAAUUUGAAACUGUCCCUGGAGCUUCCAUCAAAGGCCUGACCGCAGAAGUAGAUGUCCUGAAGAAUGAACUACAGAAAGUCAUUCAGUACAGGAAAACCUCUAGGAAGAGAAAUGCUGGAGUUCACCCAAACUUCUCCAAAGACCUGAAGAUGGCAAUUGAGAAAUAUAACACAGAUCUCGCUGCACUGACGAAGACGUGUGAGGAGAUGAAGAAACUCUACUCCGUCAUUCUGGUUAAAUUCGGUGAACUGCCGGAUCAAGACUCUCAGGAACUCUUUGGGUUGAUCUGUCAGUUCAUCCACGACUUCAAGCGGGCCCAUGCUGAAAUCAUAUGAGUUAUACUGUAUAGAGUACAUAUGAAAGAACACCUGAGACUGCAGUGAUGUUUAUUAAACAAACCAAACCGGUCUUAUUGUCUUAGUCACAGUUCAGAGAGAUUAAGAUAAAAAAAAAAAAAGGAAAUAACUGUUAAUGCAGUAUUUGAUAUUGAAGAUAGAGUAAAAUGUUGCAUGGAUUUAUAUUUUUAGUAGCAUAUUGUAUAUUUCUCCUGUGCUGUUGUACAUAUAUUUUAUUUUAUAAUGGGCACUGGAUGCAAUUCAUUGUAUAGGACAUACAUUAUGAAGUGUAUAGUCAUGCUCAUGCACAUGGA